CCAGCGGUCCUGCAGGACUGGCUGUUUGUAUUUCUCUGCUCGCUACAACUGAGUUUUUACUCUUUUCUAUCAGUCAUUUCCUUUCCACCCCCUCAUCAUUUCCAUCCCUGGCCCUCUGACUCACAGAAUCUUUGACUUUCACUUCCUGUUUCCUUCUCUCUCAUCACCAGUGUCCCCCACAGACUUCUGGGUGUCCACCUCUCGAGACAAUCCCGCUGCUCCAGCAUGGCCAGUGAUCUGCAGGAGGAGGUGACUUGCCCCAUCUGCAUGGACAUCCUGAGGGAGCCUGUCACCAUUGACUGCGGGCACAACUUCUGCCUAGUAUGCAUCAGUCAAGUCCAGGACGCUUCAGACAGUCUCCUGUGUCCCCUCUGCAAGGCUUCCGCGAACAGGAGCACGUUCAGGCCCAACAAGCUGCUGGCCACUCUCAUCGAGAAAAUCCAAGUUAUGGAAGCGGAAGAGGCAGAGCUGAGGUGUCCGAGGCACAGGGAGAAGCUCCAUUACUUCUGUGAGGAGGACGGGGAGCUUCUCUGUUUGGUGUGUCGAGAGUCCAAGGACCACAAAUCCCACACUGUCACCCCACUAGAAGAGGCUGUUCAGAACUACCAGGAAAAGAUUCAGUCUCAAGUGGACUUCUUGGGGCAGAAGGAGAAGGAAAUACUAAGAGAGAAAGCACAGGGAGAAAACAUGAUCCGGGUCUUCAGGACCCAGGUGCAUCUAGAGAGACUAAAGAUCCUGGAAGAAUUCAAGUGCCUGAGACAGAGCCUGGAGGAGGGGGAGAGCUUCCUCCUGGCCAGGCUGGGCUGGCUGGAGCAGGAGGGAGCCAAGCAGAUGAAAAGUUUUCUCACUGGGGCACAGGCACAGCUGAAGUUCCUCCGGAAGCUCACUGAGUCCCUGCAGGCCAAGCAGCAAAUGCCCCUCAGACAGCUGCUGCAGGACAUCAAGGUCAUCUUGAGAAGGAGUGAGGAAUUUCAGUUCAUCAACCCAACCCCAGCUCCUCGGGACCUGGCAAAAAACAUAAGUGAAACAAAAUCAAGACACGUGUCCAUCAUGGAAAUCCUGAAGGAGUUCAAAGACAGGCUCCAGGCUGAGGUGAAGGAAGACAAAAGCAGAUUCCUGGACAGCUUGAAGGAAGAGGACAAGGAGAGCUGGUCCCUGUUUGAGAAAAAUAAUGCUGAGUUGCCCACCUCAGAAGACCCUUCAGUAUCCCUCCUGCAGGGAAGCAGGGCAUCUUAUGGGGAAGUUCCUGGAGAUGAAGACCACCAUGACCCUGCAGGGAGUCCUGAUGACAUAAGGGUGACAUUGGACGCUGCUGUCUCCUGUAGUCGCUUGCUGUCAGCCAUGGUCAACCCCACCGUGUUCUUUGACAUCACCGUCGAUGGCGAGCCUUUGGGUCGCGUCUCCUUCGAGCUGUUUGCAGACAAAGUUCCAAAGACAGCAGAAAACUUUCGUGCUCUGAGCACUGGAGAGAAAGGAUUUGGUUAUAAGGGUUCCUCCUUUCACAGAAUUAUUCCAGGAUUCAUGUGCCAGGGUGGUGACUUCACACGCCAUAAUGGCACUGGCGGCAAGUCAAUCUAUGGGGAGAAAUUCGAGGAUGAGAACUUCAUCCUGAAGCACACAGGUCCUGGUAUCUUGUCCAUGGCAAAUGCUGGACCAAACACGAACGGUUCCCAGUUUUUCAUCUGCUCUGCCAAGACUGAGUGGUUGGAUGGCAAACACGUGGUCUUUGGGAGGGUGAAAGAAGGCAUGAGCGUUGUGGAAGCCAUGGAGCGCUUUGGGUCAAAGAAUGGCAAGACCAGCAAGAAGAUCUCCAUUUCCGACUGUGGACAGCUCUAAUACUUUUGACUUGUGUGCAUCUUAACCACCAGACCAUUCCUUCUGUAGCUCAGGAGAGCACCCUCCGCCCCAUCUGCUCUCAGUAUCCCAUCAUCUUUCUGCUCUCGAUGUCUCGAUGCAGUUCUUUGGGUUCCAUAUUCUCCUUACUCCCCUCCAAGUCUAGCUGGAUUUCAGAGUUAAGUUUAUGAUUAUGAAUAAAAACUAAA